AUGAUAAGCAAAAAGAAAACUAAUGAUGAUUUAGAUCCUGAUUAUCAACCAGACUCAGAAGAUGAUCUCGAUUCUUUACAGCCUGAAAAAACUAUACAAGUUCAUUCGCAUUAUAUAAUUUCUGGCUCAAAUCCUUUGCAAGUUUCAAGCCUACUUCCAGCUUCUCCUCAACCAGGAACUUCCUUUGCUCUAUCCAAUUCUGCAAAUUAUUAUUUUUUGAAUAGGUAA